GUCGGCAACGGCUUGCAGUACGAACAUAGACGGUGGCGGGAAAAGUAACUCGAAAAAAGCCGCUACGAAAAUUAUUUUUCUAGAAAUAUUUUAAACGUAAAAUGUUCGUUACUACAAAACUGAGGAAAGUGAACAGGGAACUGGCGAAGAGAUUGUUCGAGGCCCGCGCUGUGACGUUGAUUCUGAAGAAAGAUUUCUCGCAGAGAGAUGUUGACGUGAAUGAAUUCUUUAAGUUCUAUAAUGAGAACAGUUAUCAGGAGGACCGGUAUAAACCACUCACGGAACAGGACUAUGAUCGGUACUUGAGUACGAGGGCGGCGCGUAGGGAGCCUGCGCUGACGAGACAAAUCACAUCCCUCGCCUACAAGGUAGGCAAAGAGAUGAUCUCCCUCGCGGAAGGCAUGCCCAACGAGCAAGUAUUCCCGUUCACACGACUCUCCAUGGAUACUAAGUUCUCAAGUUUGGUGUUAGAAGGUAAAGACCUCGCUGCAGCGCUGCAAUAUGUGCCGUCACAGGGUCUCCCAGCCUUGCUAUCAGAGCUGCGGAAGUUCCAGUCUGAAACGCAUCGUGCCCCUGAAGUACCGCGCGACGUGCUGGUCACCAAUGGAGGACAGCAUGGUAUCUACCAGUGCGUGGAGCUGUUGGUGGAACCCGGAGACCCUGUCAUCACAUGCGAGUACGCUUACACCGGGAUACAUAGCACUCUAAAACCCUACCAGCCAGAAAUCAUAGGCAUUCCAGAAGAUGAAGAUGGGAUGAUUCCAGAGACUUUAGACGCAGUUUUAGGGGAGCGGUUACGACGAGGGUUGAAGAUGCCUAAGAUGAUGUAUAUAAUCCCGACUGGUAGUAACCCUACUGGCACAGUGCUGCCAGAAGAGAGGCGACGACAGAUUUAUGAACUAGCGUGCAGAUACGACUUCCUCAUUGUAGAAGAUGAUCCUUACAUGUUCUUGAAUUAUACUGAUCGACCAAUCCCAUCAUUCCUUUCAAUGGACACAUGUGGUCGCGUGCUGCGGCUGGACUCCGUGUCGAAGGUUGUGAGCGCUGGGCUGCGCGGCGCCUGGAUUACCGCGCCCAAGCCACUACUGCAGCGCUUGGAACUACAUACGCAAGCUGAACUCUUACACUCCUGCACAUUAGCGCAGGCUAUCCUACUACAACUCGUUCAGUGCCGCAAGUCCCUCGCCUCUCACCUGACGAACGCUCGCGACUUCUACCGCGAGCGCCGCGACGCGCUGCACGCCGCACUGAAGCCCGUCGAACAUCUAGCCCCGUACUCCAUGCCUGAUGCAGGACUGUUCUUCUGGCUUCGAGUCAAUGGAGUUGACGAUGUUUAUAACAUGGUAUUCCACACUGCAUUCCAACGUGGUCUAAUGUUGGUACCAGGACAAGCGUUCUUAUACGACAGUAACGCCCCCUGUCCGUAUCUGCGGCUAACGUUUAGUAAAAUCCGCCACGAGGACAUGGACAAAGCAGUAAGCAAUCUCGUAGAAAUAAUCCGGGAAGAGCAACAACGCACCCUACAGAAACCAAAAAGGGUUGCCACUGAAGGAUAGAUGGCGUUGUUCUACAUUUAACUUUAAGUGCAUUUUGGUCUCCUUUGCCAAAUUUUUGAACCAAAUUUUAAUGAGUCCAAACUAAUGAUAGGAUUAAAUUUAUAUUAAGUGUUAUAAUGAAAAAUCUGUUAUUUUUCUAGUGAAGGUAAUGAUUUUAUGAAAUUACCUAUCUAUUAAUUUAUAACUUGUGUGAAUAUUUGAAUAGUUAGAUUAAUUAUUAAAUAAGUAUAUUUAAUAUCCGUUAUUGUAGUAUCAUGUUCGUUUAGUUUUCCAUUAUUAUGUCUUGUAGUUAUAAUUUAUUUUGUACUUGAAUGUUAUUUUCAUAAAUUGUUUUACAGUUUUAUUUAUUAUUCGCUAGAUGGCGAGUCUAGAUGCUUUCGCUACAUGUUUUUUUUUUAUUUUGUUGAACAUUAUCAAAUAAACCAUUACAUAUUAAAUUUCAAAUUUAAUUGAAAUCGCAGAUUUUUUCAUGGGAUCAAGUUGUUUGUUUUUGUUUUAAUUAAAUUUAUAUUGAGUUUCUUCUACUCGACGCUAGAUGGCAGGCCGAAGAAUUUUGUAAUUAAUAUUUAAUUAAUUGUUAUACUGAUUACAGUUCGUAACAUUUCUGAUUUAAGUAAUAAAAUAUUAU